UGCGCGCGAGUGGGCGCGCUCGCUGGGUCGCGGCUGCUUAGUUCCCGCCAUCUCCCGCCGUCUUUCGCUUAAGGUGCUACUGGGUUUCCGCCUGGCUGCUCUUCGGGUGACUCCAUCCUCGCUGGGCUGCCUGGAGCUGCGGCCCGUGUGGACUUCCGCCCCCAACCCCUGCGCGGGCUGAGCCGGGCCGGAACAUGGCCGCGUGGGGGCUGGAUCAUCUCAAAAAUGACUAUAGAAGAAGAUUUUGCCGACCUUCCAGGGCACCUGACAUUAAUACGGAGCAAGGCCAGAAUAUACUGGAAAUCUUACUAGACUGUUUUGAAGAAAAAAGUCUUGCCAAUGAUUUUAGCACAAAUUCCACAAAAUCAGUGCUUUAUUCAACACCUAAAAUAAAAGACAUUUGUGUUCAGUCUCCAAGUGAAGAGACUCAGUGCCAGAAAUCACAUCCAAAGUCAGGUACAGUUUCUUCAAGGAAGAAAGAAACCCCUCUGCAGUUAAUUGUGGAACCAAGUGAAGCUGUCAACAAAUCAGUUCAGGCCCAUGAGGUUCAUCAGAAAAUUUUGGCAACUGAUGUUCAUUCUAACAAUACAUCUGACUCGAGAAAAAUGUCAAGUAAAAAACUAAAAGAUCAUCACAAUGAAGCUGAUGAGGAAUUUUACUUAUCUAUUGGCUUACCUUCUGAUCUUCUGGAUGCAAAAGCAUCUUCAUUGCAAAAGACUAUUCCAUCUGUUGCCCAAAAGAGAGAAACCUAUACUUCUGAAAAUUCAGUAAAUACGCUGCCUUCAAGUACAGAGAUUUCUCAUAAAACCAAAAAAAGGUUAAACUUUGAAGAUAAAGAUGAUUUGAAGAAAGUAGAAGUAACGAAUAAAGUAUCAGAAAUAGAGGAUAAAGUAUCAGAAGGACCACAAGAGAGGAAACAGUUAGGAACAUCUCAAAAAAGAAUACAAGAUUCAGAAUGUGAAGAUCACCCACAAGCUAGGAAGAGUUUUUCAACAUUGUUUUUAGAAACUGUAAAAAGAAAAAGUGAAUCCAGUUCUGUUGUUAGGCAUAUAGCAACUGCUCCACCUCAUUUAUCUCCUGCAAAUAAUAUGAAGUUAUUAGAAGAUGAAUUUAUAAUUGAUGAAUCAGAUAAAAGUUUCGCCAAUCAACCAUGGAUUACUAUACCAAGAAAGACUGGGCCUCUGAAACAAUGCACAGUAUCUCCUAAUGAGAGCACUGUACUCCUUCAAAGGAAGAAGUCCAGAGAAAAACAUGACAGUGUAUCAUCUACAAGUUUGAAAAGUGACAAACAUCCUGGCAAAGCUCACCCAGAAGAGAAAUCUCAGUCCUCUGAACAAAAAAUACUGGGUGGGAGCUGUGCUUUGACAGAUGAAAUGGAAAAUAAUUGUAAAUCUUCAAAAUAUGAAAUGUAUUCUGAGAAUGCAAAAAAGUCAUCUGGAAACAAAAGGACUAUAAAACAAAAACGGGGAACAAAAUUUAAGGCCAGUGUAGUUGAAGAAGAAGUUGACAUGGAACAAUCUAAAGGUAAAAAUAUAAAUAUAUCACAUAUUGCCCAAGACAGGUUACAAAGAAAUUCAGACCGAAAUAUGGAUGAGGGUGAAGAGAUAAGUGUUCACACUUCCAAAAAACAGUUGCUACCUCUGGGAAGCAAGAAAGGUAGCACCAAUGUUCCUCAUGCAGAGAAUCAGAAGAAAGAUAAGAAAUGCAAAAAGAAGCGUUUUUCAGAUGGGUCCAAGAAGAACAAAAUUGUACCUGAAGAAUUGACUUCAACUGUCACAAGAAGUCGAAGAAUUUCCAGACAUCCAUCUAAUUGGUGGGUGGUAAAAUCAGAGCAGAGUCCUUUUUCUAGCAAUUCUUCAGUAAGAAAUGAAUUGUCAUUGUAUCAUAACAGUAGACAAAAACCUGCUGAAAAAACAAACCAAUCAUCUCAGAAUACUGGGAAAAAAACUAUUCCAUUUAAAAGGCAGAAGAGAGCUAAUGAAGGCAGCUCAAGAGCACAGAAGGUUUUAAAUGCUAAAGAUUCCGGUUGUUCCCAGAAUGAGCCAUUGGAAAGCGGUGAGGCAGACCCAGCUGAGAAGAAAAACCUUAAUCCUUCUGGAGGUACAGGAAGCUCAAAGAAUCAAGAUAAUAUGGCUGUACAGAAUGUUCAUCAAAAGUCUGAGAUCAGUGGAUAUACAUGCAAGACACCAGCAGAGUCAAACUUGGAUUCUAGAGAGCCUGGGAGUUCAGUUUUGGAAGGAAGUGGACCUUCUAGGCUCAAGAAUUAUUUAACGUCUGAAAUGAGUAACUCAGAUGUGGAUCAUAAUGAAGUUCAGGAAAGUUCGAAUGAUUCAAGAGUAAAAAGGUCUAACUCAACACCAGAGAACAAGGUGCAUCACAAAUUAGGAAGCUUGUGGGAUCUUGGUCAUCAGGCCAGAGGUCAUGCCCGAGCUCCUGUGGUGGGAGCUGCAAGUCAAAAUCGCUGGACUAACAGAGGACCUCAGCCCCCACGGAAUAUCAGUCGGAGUGAGGCAUCCCAGAGGUCCUCAUCUCAGCACCAAGACCUGGCUCUAUCCAACUGCCUGCAAACUCCAGUGCUGGACGUCUCAGGCCAAACAACCAUAUUGCCCUCCAACACACCAAAUGUUCGCAGGACCGUGAGAACACGAUCAAAACCUUUGGAAUACUGGCGAGGGGAGCGAAUAGAUUAUCAAGGAAGGCCAUCUGGAGGAUUUGUGAUUGGUGGAAUACUGUCCCCAGACAAAGUAUCAUCUAAAAGGAAAGCAAAAGGAAACUUGGGAAGAGUCAAUACAAUAGUUAAUAGGAAAAGGAUCUGUCUUGAUGAUGAUGAAAGAAAGAAUAAAUUCAUGGUAAAUCUGAAUACACCUCUGGGAGAUCCUUUGCAGCCAACGAGGGUAAAGGACCCAGAAACACGAGAGAUUAUUCUUAUGGAUCUUGUAAGGCCACGAGAUACAUACCAAUUUUGUGUUGAACAUGGUGAGUUGAAAGUAUAUAAAACAUUGGAUACGCCAUUUUUUUCUACUGGAAAAUUGAUAUUAGGACCACAUCAAGAAAAGGGAAAGCAGCAUGUAGGCCUAGACACAUUGAUUUUUUAUGUUGACUUUGGUGACCUUUUAUGUACCUUACACGAAACACCUUAUGUAAUAACAACUGGGGAUUCAUUCUAUGUUCCUUCAGGUAAUUAUUACAACAUCAAAAAUCUCCUGAAUGAGGAAAGUGUUCUUCUUUUUACACAGAUAAAAAGUUGAAAGAUGAAGCAAAGUUUAAAUAUGUGUGUAUAUAUAUAUUUACAUACAUACAUAUAAAACAUAUUGUGUAGUUGAGGUGUUGUAAUUAUUUGUAAUGUUUUAAAAUAUUCAGGGUUGUGUACUUGUUUCAAUAAACAUUUCAAACUUC